AUUUUGUAGCAGGCAAUAAGCAGGUAGCUACAGAAUACUAGUAAACCAGUGUCGAAAAAAACUCGAAGCAGAACGUAGCCGUUGGGGAGAAACCAGCACACCUGCAUGAUGCAAGCCAUUGAGCUUCUUCUGACGGCCUCUGUGGCCCUAAUCUGCUGUAAUUCGGUGCUGGGUGCACGAGUGCGCCUGGAAGCUGAUCAGCUGCUGGCAAAGCACCACCCAGAUUGGAAGCAGCUGGGUCUAGCAAAACCCGACGACGAUCACAAACUAGUCUUUGCUCUGCGUCAGAGCAACCUGAUCGCGCUGGAGGAAAAGUUGCUGGCAGUUUCAACUCCCGGCAGUCCACAGUACGGACAGUUCCUGAGUGCUGAUCAGGUCGAUGCUUUGGUACGACCGUCCAGGGCAUCUCUACAUGCUGUUGAGGAAUGGUUAAACGGGACUGAUGUCUCCGUCUCCCAGUCGUGCAAAUACACCAAGGCACACGAGUUUCUGGAGUGUGAUGUCACAGUUAGCCAAGCAUCGCAACUGCUUCAAGUGUCAUUCUAUCAACACGAGAUGGAUGGUGCACUAGCAUUGAGAGCUAACAAUCACUAUACAGUUCCUGCCGAGGUAGCAGAUCAUUUAGACUUUGUCGGUGGUGUGCAUCGCUUGCCUCACAGGCAGCAGCGGCUCGCCAACUCGACACAGUAUGCGAUUGCCAAGGCUCAUGGCGUAAAUUUGCAGGCUGAGCCCUCUUCACUACGAGAACUUUACAAGGUGGGAAGUUCGGUAGGAGCCGGCGAGGAGAAUAAAAACAUCCAGUCUGUGGCCCAGUUCUCAGACGAAUAUUAUCAUGCUACAGAUCUGACCAAAUUCAUGGAGAAGUAUGGAACUGGCUUCACACACAUGAGCAAGGUAGCCAAGGUGAUUGGAAACAACUCUGGCGAAGCAGGACUCGAGGCAUCGCUGGAUAUCGAGUAUAUCAUGGCGCUUGGUGCCAAUAUCCCGACGUAUUUCUGGUACACCGGAGGCAAACAUGAAGACCAGGAGCCAUUCCUAGUGUGGAUCAAAGCUGUUGCAAACUCCUCCACCAUCCCCAAUGUGAUCAGCGUCAGCUAUGGGGAUCAUGAAGAUUCACUCUCCAUCCCCUACAUGCAACGUAUCAAUGUGGAAUUUCAGAAAAUCGGCGCCCGUGGCACAUCGCUCCUGUUCGCAAGCGGCGAUAGCGGUGCUGGGUGUUUCGAGCAGCACUUCCGUCCCAGCUUCCCGGCGACUAGUCCGUACGUGACAGCUGUUGGUGGAACUACUCUCAGCAGUGCGCUGGACUCCUCUGCGUCAACGGAAAUGGGCGUUUCGUUCUCCGGCGGGGGCUUCUCCAACGUGUUCCAACGGGCGGCCUAUCAGGCGACUGAUGUCAAGAAGUUCUUGUCCACGUCACAGAACCUUCCAAACCAGUCCUGUUAUGACAAGAACGGCCGUGGAUUCCCAGAUGUCUCUGCUUUGGCGACGGGAUACGAGAUAAUUAUUGACUUGACACCUUCUUUUGCAUAUGGAACUUCGUGUGCCGCUCCGACGUUCUCGGGUAUCAUCUCACUGGUCAACGACCAGCUGAUCAACGGGCAUGGCAAGACAGCUCUGGGCUUCCUCAACCCGUUCCUCUACGCGCAUGGCUUUGCCGGAUUGACUGACAUGGCGCAUGGGUGCAGCCAGGGAUGCGGCGACUACAACACUGGCUUUUGCUCAACGGCCGGCUGGGAUCCAGUGACAGGUCUUGGUACACCGCAAUACCCCACUCUACUGGAAGAAGCACUCAGGGUCAAAAGUGUCCGUUAGACCACCUUGUCAAUGUCCAACGCAAUGUCGACGUUUUCUUGUCCUCGCGUGGUAGCUCAGCUGUUUCCUCUGCCCCCCCCCCCCCCCCCCAGUAUUUUGACCUGGCUAGAACCCUGCAAUUCUACUGGGCGAUUUUUAGCUGCUUCUUGAUAGGUGAGGUAUUUUACGUCGGGCUGGUUUUCACCGGGCGAAACCCACACUAUCCCAAAGAAAACAGACUGUAACCCAGUUCCGAAAUGGGCGACCAAUCACCUGUCUGCCAACCAUUUACAAGCCGUGAGUAUUCAUCUGCGCCACUACAACUGUGAUUGCGACCUGAUGUUGGUCCGUAGUCAUGAGUCAGACUACACGACAAAGUGAAAUUUUGGCUCAUGAACAAACAGACUUACUGGCUGUGCAUGUGCCGGUGACCACGGCACCCAGGAGAUUGCACCAAUCAUGCUGACCAAUGCAUUACCCGUACCCAGGAUGUUUUAACAUGUCUUAAAAGACACAAUCACAUGCACCGCACACUGUACUACUACUAUUAACCAUGGCUUGGCUGAAUUUCGAGAAAGCGUCCGACAA